AUGCCUGAUCUACCGAAGCCUAAGAUACUUCCAGAUCCUGCUGUAGAUAGGCUCCGUGCCUUGGAAAAGAAGAUCAAAGCCAUAGAAGGAAACAAAAUCUUUGGUGCCUCUGCCAUUAACAUGUGUUUGGUAUCAAAUUUAGUCAUCCCGGCUAAAUUUAAAACUCCUGAUUUCGAGAAAUACAAAGGACAGACUUGUCCAAGAAGUCACCUGGUAAUGUACUUCAGAAAGAUGGAUGCUCAUACCGAAAACGACAAACUACUCGUACACUGUUUCCAAGACAGUCUAAGUGGAGCAUCUAUGAGAUGGUACAUGAGCUUAGAACAAGGGCGGAUUCAAAGCUGGGAGGAUUUGGCUGACGCAUUUCUCCAAUACACCCAACGAUGGAGAGAGUUGGCUGCUCAGGUAGAGCCACCACUGUCUGAAAAGGAAAUGGCCGGAAUAUUUGUAGACACCUUGAAGGACCCAUUCUUUGAUAGAUUGGUGAGUAGUGCCGCGUCCGACUUUGCACAUCUAGUCACAAUUGGAGAUCGCAUAGAGAAGGGGUUGAGGGAUGGAAACAUUCCAGGAGCUGUGGCAUCCCCUAGCGCACCGAAGAAGUAUUAUGGAGGCUUCCCAAAGAAAAGAGAAGGUGAAACAAACGCCAUAUCCAGAAACUAUAAAGGGAAGCAACAAGCUUCAUAUGGUCAAGUCGCCGCCGUGGUACCCAUACCUUAUCAACAGCUAAUGCAGCAACAACAAAUGUAUCAACCACAACAUUAG